GAAUAUUUUUUGAUGGCAUAAGUAAGUGCAAAAGACCUAUAGCAAAUCCAAAAACGAUUUGUGAGGAAACUGAAGUCAAGGUCAGAAUGUCGUCUCAAACUUUGUGUGUGUAAAAUAUCUACAACAUUUUUGAAAGGGAUUUUUUAAAAGUAUUAUUCAGACUGCUUAGCACCAGUGUUACAAAUUACACACUGCACAUUACCGAUAGCUAGUCAUAAUUUUAAGCAACACUUUUUAAUAUCUGUCCGAAUGAUUCGAGGAGCGAUAAAAUAAAAAGGCCUUUUUAACCACAACACCCAAAAUUAAACGUCACCCACCAAGUCCCCCAGACCCUCAUAACAAAUCCUAAGUUGCAUAAAUGGGUUAAUCCCCCUCCCAAAAUCCCCCAGAAGCAACAACCCACCCUCAAAUACAGAGUCCGAUCCAAAGCCAAGACCGGCGCAGGGGAUCGGACGCGGGACAGCCUAGUAAACAAAUGGGUCGAAGGCGAAGAACACACGACUAAUUACCGAUGGACGCCGGAAUUUGACCCUUUCUUUGACACAUCUCGACACUGCGCAGCCAUCUGGUAGGCCGAGCUGACCGCCUUAACGAUGGCUGAGACUCUGGUGCAGUCCAACCUGGAGAAAAUCAGCAGUUUUCUCCAGGAUGUACAGUACCGUUCUUUGAUGAUUAACAGCGCUAAUUACAAUGUUCGUCUUAUGCGGGAACGUAAGACGCGCCUUCCGUUUCUUGAUUCACAAACAGGCAUAGCUCAGAACCCAUCCAAAUUAUACAUGAGCCCUCGACACCGGAUGCCUGGCACAGUGGAAGGGCAACUAUAUGUUUAUCCUUCCCAACGAUGGUGUCGCAGAAAACGCUCUUACAUGGCACUUGCUCAUCAGGCAAGCAAAGAACCUGAGGGCGAUGAGCACACCAUUGUUACUGUGGAGAAUCCCGCUGCUGUUCCACAAGAGGAUGUUGCUGUCCCCUAUGAAAACAAGGAACCCUUUUACUAUGAUGAAACCAGUUUCCUACACCUACUCCACAAGAUCAACACCAACCAGGAAAAGGAAGAAAGCUCCCAAACUUCCUAAGCCACCCAAGCCCCCUAGCAGUAGAGGCCGCAAGAAGAAAGAAGUACAGCCGAAAGCCCCCACGGAAGGUGAUGAAGAGACCCCCGGCAAACCGUAUGAGUGCCAACUGUGUGGCGCUCGCUACAAGACCAGACAGGGUCUGUCCUACCACCUCUCGCACACACACAAGGGGGGUAGGGCUAACUCUGGGGGUGGUCGGUCCAGAGGGGGCGGCACGAACCCCCCCACCCCCAGGUCUGAACCCCCUUCGGCUGGUGGAAGCUACCAGCCCCAGGCCUACCAACCUGAUGCUCUGGCUGGUCUGGCAGAGUUUCAGGACAGUUACCUGGGGUACCUGUCAGCCGGCCAGGACGCCUCGCCCACGGGUAUGCCCCUCCCCCCUACCACCGGCCCUAGGUACCUGUUGUACCCAUGUUUAUUUUCUUCUCAAAGCUUUGUCAUGCAGGGCUUAUUAGGUGAUGUUGAGCCUCCUAGUAUGCAUUUAGCUCUUCUCACACACGGGGGGGGAGGGGGUGGUGGGGGUGUUCCAGCUACGUCGGCAGGAAACGGAGGCGGAUCGGCAAACAGUCGCGGGAGCAAGGGCAGCAAUGCAGGCUGGUCCAGUGGCUCUCCUUCAGGACUGAUACCUGUAAGUGGCACGACACCAGUUGUACCUGAGGUGAUGAGGGAGGCGAGCCCAGCAAGGCUUGGUGGCCAUGAGUCAGACCAACAGCAAUAUUCAAAAUCCCCCAAACCUCUCCAAGAGAAGGGCAGAGCUCAGCCAAGCCCUUAUUGCGACUUCUGCCUUGGAGACGCGGCACUGAACAAGAAGACUGGCGAACCCGAGGAACUCGUGUCUUGCUCGGACUGUGGCAGAUCUGGUCAUCCCACUUGUCUCCAGUUUACGGCUCACAUGAUGAUCUCAGUGAGGCAGUAUCGGUGGCAGUGCAUUGAGUGCAAAUGUUGCACUCUCUGUGGAACCUCAGAAAAUGACGACCAGUUGCUGUUCUGUGACGACUGUGACCGAGGCUAUCACCUGUACUGCCUUCGUCCUCCUCUGCAGGAACCACCUGAAGGAGAAUGGUCCUGUGACUUGUGUCUACAACAAUUCCACUCAAAGUGAGGUUUAUACCUGUUGCCUGUCAAGUCUCUCUGACUUGGUUACAUUUUUACCGAAAAGAAAAGAAGUUAUAAUUCUACAUGUGAUUUAUCCCUUGCUUACAUGAAAUUGUUUAACUAUUGUUUUGCUAAGUUCAUCCAACAUUUGGUCUAAAUGCACAGGACCUUUGAACCUCCAAUUAGGUGCCUCAGACGGUUACUUACUGAUGAGUUUCAGAGGAGUUCCAUUUGCAUUAGGUUAAUGAUACUGCCGUAAGAUACAGAGAGGCUAGAGGAAGAUCUUGCUUUAUGUUAACUCAAAUGGAUCUUUCUAUCUUCUAAAUGUUGAUAACAAAGUAAGUUAUUAUUACCCAGAUCAUUUAUUUACUUAUUAGGUUAGUUACUCUUUCGCUUUUUUCAAUGAAUGAUAAUAUAUGUGAUGAGUCUUUCAGCAGAGGAGAAUGUCUCCUACUGAUUCUGUAAACAUAUUUUCAAUUGAUGAUGUAAAGAUAUUCCUUGAGACACAAGGAUGACCAAGGAGAAAAAAUCUGAAUACAGUAAAUCUUCAUCAUGGAAUGAAACAUAAACAAGAACUGGAAGCGUUAGCAUUUCCUCACUCUAAAAAGAGACUUGUGACUGUUUCCCAGUUCAUAGGAUCCCCUAGGUGUGUAUUGCUCAUUGUAUCUGGCGAAGAUAUGGACUCUCUUUGAGUGUGGAAAAUUUCAUACUGGUGUACAUGGUUUAAAAGAUUUACUGUACUCAAUAUUUUGAAAAUAUUUUACUCUAAAAAUGUGUCUUGUAGCCUCAUUUUUGUCUGAACAAAAAGUAAGGCCUAGUUACAAGGCUGAAGGACCAACUCUACCUUAAAGACUUCAUGUCCCUUCUUUUAAACAUGCUCAUAUCCAGAUGAUAAUGGCCAUUUAAAAAGUGACAAAGAUUGUGUGCAGUAAUUAAAUUUUUGACAAGUGACCUGUGUUCAAAAUAUCAACUGGGGAGGUACUUUCUGAUUUGCCUGAUGAUGUUUUGAACGGCAAUAUAGCUUAAAGGAGUAAAUCACUUUUGUGUGAAGAUAUCUAAUCUUUUCUUCAUAUAAAGAAAGAGAAAGCCAGA